GCCUAUCAGUGCCAGUCAGUGCCGCCUAUCAGUGCCACCUAUCAGUGCCAUCAGUGCCUCCUCAUCAGUGCCCAUCAGUGCCACCUAUCAGUGUCCAUCAGUGCAGCCUCAUUAGCGCACAUCAGUGAAGGAGAAAAAUCACUUAUUUACAAAAUUUUAUAACAAAAACUAAGAAAAAACUUAUUUUCAAAAUUUUCAGUGGUUUUUGGUUUGUUUAAGAAAAAAUAAAAAACCCAGAGGUGAUUAA